AUGUCUUUAGCUGUACGGCCACCUCAUUGGUUAUAUCCUGAUUAUAAUGUUCUUUUGAACUUAAAAGAACGACGGGAGCUAGCUAAAACUAUUUUUGAUGUGGGUAUAUCUUUAAAAUUGCCUAUUCUGUGUAUCUGGACAGCGAUUGUUUAUAUACAACGGUUUCUAGUAAAGCAUUCACCUACACAAGAUUUACAUAAAUGGGUAUGUCAAGCAGCAUUACUUCUUGCAUGUAAGAAAGCAAAAGUUAAAAACUGUCCUUUGAAACGUAUUUAUGAAAAGACUAAUGCAAUAUUAAAUACUACCACUUCUGCAUUGUCGAAAGAAGUGAUUUCAUUUCACCGGAGAAAAAUACUUCAACAUGAACUUAUUCUUCUUUCAACAUUAGAAUUUGUAUGUGAUAUUCAACAUCCACAUACUUAUAUUGCUGAAGUCAUUAAAAAACGUGGAGGAUCAAAAGAACUUGAAAACAUGACUUAUAAAGUGGCGAUGGAAAGCAUUUUAUUGGCACCAUUUUGUAUCAAAUACUCGCCUGAACUUAUUGCAUGCUUUUGUAUUCAGAUGGCUGCGGAAAUUCUAAAUUCCGAUCCAGGAAAAAAAUAUACAAUUGAUGAAUCUUGGUUUCAAGUGGGUGAUAAAUCAUAUACUAUGAAUCAAAUCAAAAAUCUUAAAGAUGAGUUUUAUACUAUAUGGAAAGAUUAUCCAAAUGAAUACAAAUAUACAAUCUUUAAAGAGCAACAUUCAUUAUGGAAACUAAUCGACAAAUUACCAUCAGUGGUCAAUGAAACAGAAGAAAAAACUCAACCACCACAUGUCAAUCUUGAACAAAAAUUUGUACCUUUGUCCAGUACCAGCAGAUAUAAUUCAUCAGAUAAUGAACCUUUGUUCUCGGAAACUUUAACACCAGACUUAAACUCAUUACCAUCAUCUCAAUCGUCAAAUGACUCUCAUCAGCAAAUAGGAUGUCAAAUUCCGAUUACUACACAAACUAGUCAAGUAGUUAAAACUAAUUUGAAUAUCACUACAACAUCUCAACAUGUUAACCCUUACUCUGGAACCAAACAUGGUCUUGAUUCAUCAGAUGAUGAUAAUGAAGUUAAUAAACGACUCUGUACAUUUCCAACACAUGAACCAAAAUAA